UCUGCUAGAGUUAACCUCGAAAAUUUGCGUGCCGCACUGUGCCGUGAUACCGCGUGAUACGAGCAACUAUUUGUAAGAAGGAAAGGAUUUACAAAUUUAUUAAAAAAAAAAAAUGAAGAGUGCAGUGGCGAUACUUAGGAUCGCGCGAACCGGCGAGUUCGCGGCGAUGUAUCGUGCGUGUUACAGGGGAUACUGCACCGCAGAGCAAAAAAAUGAGAAAACGGUUCAUCCGUACUGCAACAUCCAUCCGUGGAAGUCGGAAUCGGAGUUUGCGAGUAGUGUGCUGAAAAAUGUUCUUUACAACGCAGAUGGUAUAGUCGCAAUAAAUAAACCGUACGGCAUACCUAUAAAGGGUUCAUUCCGGAGAGAAAGUUCUGACCCAUCUAUAAAAAGCUGUCACAAUAUUGUAGGAGCGGUAGAUUAUUCCUUAGAGACUGUUCUGCCAUACCUUGCGAAGCAGUUGGAUGUGCCUACUUUGAUACCAUGCACAGGAUCGGAGAGAUAUAUGUCUGGUGUCUAUAUCUUUGGAACUAAUCCAAGCGUAAGCAACGAAGUUGAAUUUGCGCAAAGACGAGCGAUGCACAUGAAAAAAUUUAAUACGUACUGGGUGAUUACCUCGAGAGUUCCAAGUACCCUCAAAGGACAGUAUCACCUGGGAAUGCAGUACGUGCAUUCGAAAGAUUCCAAGAAGCCGAUCAUCGUGACAAAGUGGAGCAACAACGACGUGAAGAAGCGGGAAGUCAGGAUCCUGAACGUUAACUACAAACUCAUAGCGAAUUCGACGGAAAACCUGAGUUCCCUCAUCGAGAUGUCCGUGUCGACGAAGAGGUGGCACUCCAUCAGAUUGUUCGCCGCCACGAUGCUGUACAGCCCGGUGCUCGGUGAUAAUUAUCACGGCUCGCGGGUGCAAGAGGUCAUGGGCACGUGGAUGAAGGUCGAUCCGUUCGCCGAGAGCUGUUUCGAGAUGCCGACCAUGAAGAAGGAACUGCUGGAGCUGCUGAACCUUCGAAGGAGCCAGCAAGAGAUCAUUCCGUGCCACACCCACUUGAAAAGCGUGUUUUUAGGAUCUUACGGCAGGCAAAGGAAAGAUAUACUGAUAGAAGCACCCCUGAUGCACCCCUUCGAUUGGACCUGUAAACAGCUGAUGUUCAAGAAUGUGCAGGAAGAGACAGAUGCGGCAGUCGCGGAUGAGGCCGAAUCGCUGCGUGACGCAAACGCGCACGUGACAAGCGUGUAAAUUAUGCGUCGAUCAAGUAUUGCGAUUAAGGAUUACGACUGUAAUAAAACUAGCUCUUAAUCUUAAUAAAUGACGUUUAUUUUUGCCUCCUA